AUGCCCAACAUCCGCAACUUGCAGGUCCGCAAAGGCAUCGCAAAGGGAGUGGUUCUUCUUUUCUAUAUUGCCAUCUUCCACAUUUUCGUCAACACGUCGAGCGGGUCGAUCGAACAGUAUCUCAGCGCCUCACCACCACAUCUGUACCUCAAACACCUGGCUGAGCAUGUCUCGUGGCUUCCAACAGACAGCAAUCUGUGGUUGACGGUGGUGUUUGUAACGGUGGUCAUCAACUCGCUGGUUCUGCUUACGUGGGUCAUCACUCAGGUCAUCUUCCUGGUUCUGUGCAUGGAGAUCCUCACCAAACGACGGUGGUCUGGGGUCAUGAAUCUCCUCGCCGAGCUCUUUUAG